AUGAGGUCUCUCCACCCUCCUCUCUGCUCCCACUGCGGGAGCGGAGAGCGAGGUGAGCCUUUUGCCCGGCCGUCUUCGACUUCUUUUUCUUCCGCGUCUGCUCUCGCUUUCCCCGGGGCCUUCGGGGAUGCCUCGUUCGCGGCAGUCUCAUGCGAUGGGCUACAGGGCUGCGCAAGAAAGGAAGAUGGCGUUGGGGAGACUCAGGACGGGUCGUCGAGAUCUCUCGGCUUCCCUUCUUCGGUGCUUUCCACGUCUGCGGCGAGCUCCUCGGAGCCUUCUGUAACCUCCUCAGUCUUCUCCGUGUCCUCUUCGUUCGCCUCGCUCGCCUCCUCGUCUUCUUCGGCGUUUUCUAGCCGCUCAUCGACGACAGAUCCCACUGAUCUCCCUCCUCUGUUCGACGAAGACAGAGAUUUUCCCGUGCGCGGAGACGGCGGAUUUUCGUUGGAAUCAACCGAGGGCGCUGCGGGUGCUGCGGCCUCGCCGUCCUCGCGCGUGUCCAGCCCCCCGUCACCGGCGAACCUCUUGUCUCCGUCCUCGGGCGCGUCUCCUCUGCGGCAGUCUGAGGGCGCCGCAGAGGAGACGCGAUUCCCCAAGUCCGUGGUACAGACACUUGCCCUUUCGGCCUUAGAUCGCUCGGCGUUUGACAUCGGCGGGGAGGAGAGGAGCCGCACGCGAGCCGAGGUGCGCGCAGAUCUGACCCCCGGGGCGGGCGAGAGGGAGGCGGCGUUGUAUUCGUUUGACUUUGAGCGCCUGCUCGACGAGGAAGCCGGAGCUCCGCCUGAGGGCGAGGAGGCUUUCUUGCAGAUGCUGAGGUCGGUGGACUCGGAGCGAGAGGAGGAGAGCCUUGGAGGGCAGCCAGAGGAGUGUGGCAAGCGCCCAUCUGCGUUCCUCUCAGAGAGCGAGGACGAAGACUGGAGUGCACGCCGCGACGCCUACACACGCGAAAGCCGCUCCUUCAUCACCGCCUUUCCUCUCUCGUCACCCACCAGGCACUUCACGCCUGCCUCGUCGGUGGCGCUGGCGGGCACCGACAGGAGAGCCGCACGAGAGGCUCUGGAGACGCGCGCCGUGCCGAAUGCCGUGUCCGCUGCGUCGCGCGCUCUCCCUCGUCCGCCCUCUUCUUGUUCUUCCGUAUCCUCUUCGUCUUCCUCCGCGUUCCUCGAUUCGCGAGUUCGCUCGCAGGUUGCGCCUGCGCCUGCGGACUUCGACGCUGCAGUUGAUGCGGAUGGCGGCACCCCACAGGGCGCGGCUUUUUUCCGCGGCUUGGGGUACGAGCAAGAUGUCGAGAUGUCGGGUUCUCCGCCGCGGAAGAAGGCCAACACGCAGCAGGGAGAAGAAAAGUUUUUGAUGAAGAAGAGACACACACGAUCCACGCCUGCACUCUCAGUGCUGCCGUUCUCUUCGCAGACCGCCGCUCCCCCCGAGCGUCUCCGCGCGUCUCCAUGCGUCUUCCCGCGCCAAGGCCUCUCUCGCAGAUAUGCCUCGCUGGCGUCAUCCUGCUCCUCGCCUUUCUGUUCGUCUGCUGUGUAUCCUCUCUCGUCUCCCACGAGCUCGCGCAGCCUCGUCGAAGACGUCGCCUUCUCUCUCCGUCGCGUGCCGCUCGCCUCGACGCGCUCGGCGCCUUCGUCCGUCUCUCAGCGGCGGAGAGAAGGCGUGGAUUUCUCCCUGGGCGCGAGUUGCGUCUCUUCUCCAGAUUCCCCUGCGUCGGCCUGCACAUCGUGUUGCGUCUUUCCUCGUGUCGCGGUUCCGAACGCGCGCUGCGACGCCUUCUCUGCGCCGCCGUCUUCGUCCGCCACGUGUCUCUCUUCUCUGUGCCCGAAUUCGAUUUCGAGCGGCGUGCUCGCGGCGGAGAGGCGGGGUCGUGGCGACUCUGAGGCUCGCGUUGACGUAAGGACGGGCGAGGAUGAAGAGGCUGACCACCUGAGUGUCUCCUCGCUGCGGCGCGGGCGAAAAGAAAGGGGCAGCGCUGCGUCCGAUGCGGCUUCCACCUGCCGUGUGUCUUCUUUCUUCGCGUCUCCCGACCUGGCGCACAGCAGCGGUCCGCGCGCGAGUUUGUCUUCCCGUAGGCAGGAGAGCGGUGGGGAUCUGCCAUCUUCCGCUUUUUGCACUUCGCUGUCGUUUUUCACUUCGUCCACGCUCGCUGAUUUCCAGCGUGGAUGUUUCUUCUCCCCGUCCCUUCCAGCGCCGUUUGGCGAGCUGCGGAAUGCGACGCAGACACCGCAGAAGUGCAACGCCUUCUCACCCGCCCUGCGAGGGAAGGCAGAGUCGCCUUGCACGGCGCUUCUCCGGGAGUCGUCCUCUGUUCUCUCAGGCCGCUCGGGGAAGCGCAUGCGGCCGCGAGAGUCUCCACGGGCCUCCACUGCCCUUAGCACGGCUGCAGCGCCAGCAGGCGAGGAGGACGGGAGCGAUCUGCGCGUGUCUCCGUCCUUUCAGGCGGCGCUGCCUCUUCUCGAAGAGACGCCUGCUCCAUGGCCUUCUUCCCGACUUGCGGAGGCUGCGGCUGCGUCUCCUCCGGCUGGGGAUUUUGAGGCGAAAGAAGCGAGUUCGUGGGGGGCGACAGUGAGACGUUUGAAGACCUUGAGGUUUCAGAGCCCGCGGACACCGAUGCACGUAGACUUCCUCCGCGACGCAGGAAAGGGUUUGAGCGUGGACGAUGCCUCUUCGCCGCUCGCCGCUCUUGACUCGGCGAACCUGCACGAGGCUUCCUCAUCUGGCGUGUCUUCGCGCGUGCGUCUUUCUGGCUCUUUGGCUCUCUGCGGCGCGCAGCGCGAAGAGGUGAGUUGGGCGAGUCUGCCGCAAGAGGCUCUCGCGCUCGUGUGCGAAUUUCUGUCCUUCAAAGAGCUCGCGGCUUUCCAGCGACUUGACAAACGGGCGCGCGCCGUCGCCUCGCACAGGUCCGUCUGGAGGUCACUCUGCGCGAACGAGUGGGUCGUAGCGCGCGAAGGGGGAAGCGACAUGCGAGACGCGACGAGUGCGCCUGCGGAGGAGUCUCAGGACACCGUUUCAGAAACCAAAAACGGCGGGGGAGAGGCUCAGAGGGUGGACGACUCGCGCGCGCUGGCGGAGGCCUCAGAGUCGACGUCCGGCGCUGCAAGCAGAGAAGAGAAUGCGCAGGAUCGCGCAGGAUUCGAGCGCUCGUGGCAGCGUCUGGUGCGUGGCGAGGAAGAGGAGGAGAUCAAGGAGGCAGUCAAGACGCGCGAGCGCCUGUUAGCGACUGGAGGACGCGACGCCUUCCGCAGGUCUCUAGAUGCGCUGUGGCGACACCGGCGAGGCGACAAAAAGUCAGCUGUCUCCUUCUCCUCCGUCGCGCUCGAAGUCACGCGCGAAGCGCACAAAGAGGAGGGAGAGGAGGCGACGCGUAGCGCGAGGGAAGCGCGGCGAGUUUUCUGGCUGAACGCCGGCGCAUACAAGAACGACUUCCGGCGGCUGUAUCGAGACGGCAACGGCUGGUUUCCGCACCAGCCGCGCGAGAGCGACGCGCAGAGCGGAGCUCGGAAGGGAAACGAAGAAGACCUCUGGAGAGGCGCGCCGCGGUUCACGACAGCGAAGAUGAAGCUCAACCCCCACCUCAGCAAUUCCAUGGAUACAAGGGAGGACGCCAAGGAGAUCCUGAUUGCCAGCGAGGGUGUGGCGACUCCAGGAGGAGAACGCUCGUCUUAUAUUCGGGUGAUUGACCGCGAGAGUCUGAGCGUUGUCCGUGAACAGCAGAUUCCCACGCGGAGUCUCAACUGCUUAGACAUUUGCCCCGAGCUGUACGCAUGCGGAGACGACAGCGGCACGAUUCGUCUCUAUAGCCGGCGAACGCACUCCCUCCUUCAUCGGUACACGAGCGUCGGCGUGGUGAACAUGAUGGCCAUGUACGGACUGAGCCCGUCGCAGGAAGUCAACGAUUUGCGCAUCUGUCGCACUGAGCAGCAGAUCGUCUCGGUGCGCACCGCCAGCCGCUACCCCGCGGGCAUUGAGGUCGUCGACUUACACACGGGGAAAGGUACCGCCAUCACGCCGGAGAAAACGAACGGCAACUGGAUCCACGCGCUGGACGUCGAGCAGGACUUGGCGCUGGAUUUUCCUGCGUUCGCCGCGCCGAAUCGCAAGAGUGUGUUGUUCGCGGCUGAUGCGCCUUCCUCGUACUCGCCUCCGUGGCGUCGCAGCAGCAUCACGAGCCUGGUUGCUGUCAGCGAGAGCUCCUCGGCAGGGUGCUUCUCCCUCCUCCGGCUCGACUUGCGGUGCGCGCGGCCGGUUGUCCAGGAAAUUCCGCAGACGCGAAGAAUGCUUUGGCCCUUGCGAGUCCACGGCGCGAACGUAUUUGUGAACUCGGUCUUCGCCGCGAACGAACUGUGCGGAAGAAUUCGACAGAUCGACCUCCGCGCGCCCUCGCCCGACGUACGUUCGCAGCAGCACUCGUGCGCGGCGGGGAUGAGUGAAGAAGGCAGCAAACGAGCUGGAGCUUGCAUGGUGCAUUGGUUACCGACUCGAAAAGUCGAAGACAUUCGCGUCAUGGGAGAGUUUCUCUACGUGCUUACCGACGACGCAGACGGGUGCCUGCAGCUGCUGCGCUUCGACACCAAGCGUGAGGGUCGCGCUCAGGUUCUGACAACGAUCGACGUCUUUGACUCUUCUGAAUGGAGUGAACCCCUGCGUCUUCUGCAGGUCAAUCCGCAUGGAUGGACGUGCACGUACGGCAACUACGUCAAGUUUGGGCGCAUCGCAGAUCCCGAGGACGUUGCACGACAGACAUGCGGAGAAGUCAGCCUUGCCUCUCCUCUCUCGCUGAGCGCGUUUGAUCAAGCGCCCUGA